AUCUCCUGCACGGAUAGCGCCGGCAUGGGCGGUGGGGCCAGCGAAUUCGAGGGGGCGGCCUACUCGCGCUACUUUUCCCGCCAAAACACCUCGGAGGACAGCGCCAACGUGACCGUGAGCACGGUGCUGGCCCAGAGCGAUUCGCAGUCCCUGCACGCGACGCCCAGCUACGCGAACACGCCCACGGCCGGAAGGGAACAGGAGCGCCUCAAGUCGCGCAGCACCGUACUGCUGGCCGUUCGCCCACCAGCCAUGGGGCUCGACACAGACACAGUGAUCAUUCCCAUUGAGAACGAGGGGGAGAACAGAGGGGCCAAGGCAGGGCCUGCACCGGCUCUGGCCCAGGAGAGGCUGAUCCGGAUGACCUCCACCUCCACGGGCUCCAGUGUGGCACCCACGGGAUGCUGCAGUGCGGCCAAGACGGCGGCAUCGCGGGCAAAAGAGAAGCCCAGAGAAGGCCAGAGUCAGAGCCACGGCUAUGGUCAAGGACAGGGACAGAGGCAGGGAUUCAAACCCACGCAGCCAUCCUCCGCUGCGACCGCGACUGCGAUGGCGGCUCAGAGCACUGGCAGCGACGACGAAUACCGACGACGGAAGCGGAAGUACAAGCGCCAUCAUCGCUGCUCGGAUCCUGCACUGGUGUACGCCACGCCCAGUGGUCUCCAGCAAUAUGUGCACGUCCUCGGCCUCACCCCAGGCUCACAGGCCAUACAAUGCCCGUACGGUGAGGGCUCGCCGUGCGACCUGCAGCUGGACAUGGAGCUCGAUCUGGACACAGAUGCUGAUAAGAUCGACGACCUGAACAGAUGGUCCCCGGCGGUCAUCAGCGGCAUCGACGGAAGCAUCGGUGCAACAACAACAAAUGGCUGUACCGAUGUCCUUGAGCUGCACUAA